UUUCAAGCAGAAAUGCGUUCUAAAGAGUAUAGUAUGAUCGAUUCGUACGUGAGCAGCAACUCGACAACGCAAAGCUCCCGUACUGCCUAUCAGCCCUCUAGGUUCGUCAAAAUCGUACAUCCUUCCACGGGCCAUACCCGUGAAUCCAUAUUUGCUUAUGUGUAUAUUGAUUUUACCAGUUUAUCUGUCUACGAAUGCUUGUAACUGGAAGCCCUAGGUCGAUUAUCUUAAAGAGAUUGCAAUUGUGUUCCUAAUCCUGUACAAAGUAAAGACCCUAAUUGCUUUCAGAUUCGAAGGAUUGUUUGUACUUGUCGAUCCUAACACAAGAGGCUAAGACCUGGAUCCAUGGUAGUAGUACCAGGAGAUGAUUGACAAAUAUUGUGUUGAUGAGGGGUGUGUUGGCGAAGUAGUUAUAUCGAAGAAAAGUGGAAGACCUAAGAGCCGUUACGUUACUGUUCAGAAACAACAGGAAGAAGACAAUGCUGAGCAGAAGAACUCAUCCCCGUCAUCAUCGUCAGAUCAACAAUUCGUACACAAAGAAGACCAUGUGGAAGGGACGGAUUCAUCCUCAUCAUCGUCACUGGAAAAACAGUGUCGCCGUUUUUCACUUGCCGAAAUCAAACUGGCCACCCAUGAUUUUGACGAUGCAUUUGUCAUUGGAAAGGGCGGGUUUGGGAAGGUAUACAAAGGCACAAUUGACUUUGGGGGAGGUAUCGAUGUUGCCAUCAAGAGGUUAAACAUUGAUUCCAAUCAAGGGGCAACUGAGUUCUGGGCAGAGAUUGAGAUGCUUUCGAAGUUACGCCAUAGUCACAUUGUCUCUCUGGUAGGAUAUCAUGAAGAGUCUAGUAAACGAGAGAUGAUCCUUGUUUAUGAAUACUUACCCAAUGGAAGUCUUGAGGAUCAUUUGCACAAAAGAAGAGCUAACGGCGGUAAUUUUUCUCCACUGACAUGGAUUCAGAGGCUACGUAUUUGCAUAGAUGCUGCUCGUGGUUUGGACUACCUCCAUACGGGCACGGGUGUAAGAUGUAGAGUCAUACACCGUGAUGUCAAAAGCUCAAACAUCUUGCUGGAUGAGAACUUGGCAGGUAAGAUUGCAGACUUUGGGUUGUCUAGAACUGGUCCAGCAUAUCAGUCGUGCACCACUAAUGUUUAUACCAAUCAAAUCAGAGGCACUUUUGGGUACAUGGAUGCACAAUACUUUGCAACUCACAGACUGACACGAAAAUCUGAUGUGUAUGCAUUUGGUGUUGUCUUAUUUGAAGUGUUGUAUGGGAGGCCUGCUGUGGAUUUUACAUUGGAAGAGAAGCAGCACAGUCUAGCUGCAUGGGCCAAACGUUGCGUGGAAGAAGGCACCAUAUAUCAAUUUGUAGAUCCCUGUUUGAGGGGGGAAAUCUCAACUCGUUGUCUGAAGGAAUUUACACAAAUUGCAUAUAAAUGCCUCCUCUGGUCUCCAAAGGAUCGACCCACAAUGACGGUGGUAGUGGCUCAGAUAGAAUUUGUAUUGGCGUUGGCAUUACAAAAACACGAUGGAGUGACGGUCAUUGAAAAGGUGAGGUCGCUGUUCUCGAAACUUCCAGGUAAACUUGAGUUCUUAGAAAACUAUUUGUGUGUGGAGAUAGACAUUAUAAGCAUGGUGGCUUCUGUUAAUGUUCACUCCACUUUUAUCUUUAUUGCUCUUUUUAUCUCAAUUAUGUACUUCCAUUUGGUUUCAGCAGUGCAUACUAAGAAUUACAGAAAUAGAAAAAAUUGGAGCAAUGCCAACAAAAAUAAACUGCUCAUACUAGACAAAGCAGUUUCCACAAUGGCCAAAGGAAGAAGUGAAGGUAUAAAUAACGGUGUUGGUUUAGUAGAUCCCACUAAGGCAGCAUCAGAAGUGAGCAGUAAGAACAUAAACAAAGGUGUCACAACGGAAGAACCCACUAUGACGUUGAUAGGGGGGAGCAGUGUGUACGUAAAAGCAGCUGCUGUACCCACAGAAGCCGAAUGUCAUCGUGCUGCUAUGAUGCUGAAGGCACAGCCAUUGAGUAGUCAGAUAGGGACACAGAACUUAAAAAUAUUCACAUUUGACGAGUUACAGAGAGCAACCCGGAAUUUCCGACCAUCAGCAAUGCUUGGAUUUUCUGAUGGUGAGUCGGUCUAUAGAGGGUGGGUGGACAGGGCACUGUAUGCCCCAUCAGUAUGUGGCGUCAGGAUAGCCGUCGCUAUCCGGAUCUUAAACACUGAUAAAGUUCGAAGUAUCGAAGAGUGGCAGGCAGAAGUGAACCGGGGAAAGUUUAGCCAUCCCCGCCUUGUUAAGCUCUUGGGAUAUUGUUCAGAAGAUGGAAGGCUUCUCCUUGUACACGAAUACAUACCUAAGAGAAACUUAGUAGAGCUUCUUAACUACCAUCCACUUCAGUGGGCCACGGCUUUGAAAAUUGCCAUUGGAGCAGCCCAAGGUCUUGCUUUCUUGCACACUGCUGAGAACACCCCCAUAUAUAGGACCUUCGAUGCUUCAAAUAUUUUGUUAAAUGAGGAUUUUGAGGCAGAGCUCUAUUUUGGACUGGCAACAUUAGGCUCGCCACGUGGAAUAAUGACGAUGUUAAAUAGUGACAUGCUUAUCAGUCAUCACACCACUCCUGAGUAUAUGGCUACAGGUCAUUGGUGUUUCAAGAGUGACGUCUACGCCUUUGGAGUGAUGAUGCUGCAUAUGAUAGCAGGUUCAAGUUUUUUUAUGGACAAUCGAUGGCCCUCACUGCAGAGUUUCAUGGAGUGUGCUGAACCCAUCUUAUCCGAUCCUACAAAACUAGAAAGAAUAAUGGAUCCAUGGUCCGAAAGAGGUAAUCCUCCAAAAGGAGCAAGUGAAGCAGCUGAACUCAUCCUAAAUUGUCUCAAAAUCGACCCAGAAAAUCGCCCUUCUAUGACACAAGUUGUGGCUAGCUUAGAAGGGAUUAAUUCAAUGGAUAUGUAACCAAAGCAGCCCAACAACACAACAAUCCCCUAAGCAAGGUGGCCUUUGCACUCGGUUCGUGAUCUAAUCUCCAUGCUAACCAUCCAUGCCUGAUCCUCGGUAAGCUUCGUGAAACCAAGACAUUCAUAGAGUCGAAAUAU